GUUGGCCACCAUGUUGUUUGUUUGUAUUUGGUAAUCCAGGAGGUCAUGGUGGAGCCAAAGCACAGCGGUACAGUUCGCGCUGUCCAGCCUUAAAUAUGUGGAAAAAUGGACUUAUUGGACAACAAAACUUUUAAAUUGACACAGUUAUGCCGCCUUUGUCUCGCCGAAGAUGGAUUAAUGGUGCAAUUAUUUGGUGAAGAGAGCUGCGGACGAAAGAAACCCCUACCUGAAAGGAUCCUGUGUUGUACCACAGUGGAGGUUAAGGAAGGAGAUGGCUUACCUGUAGUUGUCUGUCAUCGCUGCCUCUAUUACAUUGAUACAUUUGUUGACUUUCGUUUAAAAUGUCAACGUGUUGAUGCUGCUCUGCACAUCUUUUGCAAUGAAAUUAAGGCCAAGGAAAACAGAGAAAAAUCUGAUUCUGAAGAGAGCCAUCCUAUAGAUAAUAUUGAGCCAGCACCCCAGAAAGAGUUCUUGAAAUCAGAUUUGACUUUUACUGCAUCUGAAGAUGAAGCCUUAGAGGAAUCAAAAGGUUCUGACUUUGUAGUAAAGGUGAAUGGAAACAGUGAAUGUGUACCAGAUUCUGAUUCUCUUCCACUUGAAAGUGACAUGAGUUCAAAAGACUCAAGAAUGGGGCCUUCAAAUAAGCCAUAUCACUGUCCACAUUGCAAUAAACCUUUUACUUAUAAGGCAAGAUUAGCAGCCCACAUAAAAACCCAUGGGGAAAAUCAAGUUUACCAGGCUGACAAUAUGCUGCAAAUGCCACAGCAACCUUUGCCUCAACCACCUCAAGCUUCUCAGCACAACCUGCAUCAUUCAGUUCAACAGCAAUCAAUGCAAUCCCAGUCAAUGCAGGCACAGGGUAUUCAGUCACCCCAACUUCAACAUCAACUUUCACCAAGUGCAAACCCGUACUCUUCUCAGCAGCAUACCAUGUCUUAUGGUAUGACGCAAUCACCAUUGUCUCAGCAUAUGCAGCAACAAACAUCAGUUCCUCAACAGUAUAUGUCACAACAGUCAAUGUCUCAUGGAUCACCCCGUGUAUCAGGACAACCAAUGUCACCUUUGCAUUCAAUGUCGCCUCAACAUCAUCCUAUGCAGCAGUCGUAUCAUAUGCAGCAACAAGCAUCCGUUCAUCAAACUUCCUUGCAGCAACAAGUUCCAAUCCAUCAGCCUGCAAUGCAGCAGCAAAUAUCUCUUCAGCAACAAAUGAGCAUGCAACAGCAGCAGUCGUCAAUGCAGCAGCAACAGCAGCAAUCGUCUAUGCAACAGCAGCAAUCAUCUAUGCAACAGCAGCAGACGUCUAUGCAACAGCAGCAGAUGUCUAUGCAACAGCAGCCAACAUCCAUGCAACAACAACAGUCAUCUAUGCAACAGCAGCAACCAUCCAUGCCACAGCAGCAAACAUCUAUGCCACAGCCACAGCCAUCUUUGCAACAGCAACAGUCUAUUCAACAACAGUCGAUGCAACAGCAACAAUCCAUGCAACAGCAACAAUCCAUGCAACAGCAGCAAUCUAUGCAACAGCAACAGCCUAUGCAACAAUUAGGAAUGCAGCAGCAUGGACCAAUGCAACAUCAAGGGCCAAUGCAGCAUUCCCAAGGGAUUCAUUCACAACCUAUGCAUCAACAGUCUCAGCAGCAAUCAAUACCACAACAACAGAUUAUGCAGCAGCAGAGUAUUCAGCAGCAGCAGCAGCAGCAGCAGUCUGUGGGUCAGUCAUACGAUGGAAGAAUGUAUGAUAUGAACUAUAUGCCAGAAACCCCGGGCACUCCUCCAAGUAGUGGCAGUGAGAGCUCUUAUAAUUGCUCCUCUUGUUCUGCUUCAUUUAUGACUCCUUGGAUGCUUGCUGACCAUGUACGAAGCAGAUGCUGUGAUCCGAAUGUGUCUUACAACUGUGAAAAGUGUUACUCACAAUUUGGAUCCUUUAAUGACUUGGAACAACACAAGCUUUCAAGAUCUUGUGAAAAUCAAGUCCCAAGCUACUAUGAUGCUUACACACCACCUCCAAGUCAUUAUGGAAUGUAUGCUCAUCAACAUCAGCAAGACUUUUCGAGUGGCGGUGACAUGAUUGAUUCAAGAAACACUCCUUCACCAUGGAACGUGAUGGCAACUCGAAGUCCUGGAGCUGUAGGCAAUGGCAGUAGUUCACGGUCUCGAAUGCAGCGCCAAGAUAGUUACUCAACAAGAUCUCCGCAGCUUGGAACUAUGGAGGAAUUGGAGAAGUUUGCUAUGAGCAAUACUGUGGUAACAUCACCUUUAGAGCCUCUGGCAUCACCAGGCUUGACAGAGCCUCUCACUUCCGCACCGUCACCUUUAGACCCAGAAAACAGUGUGCAAAGUGUGCAAAGUGUUCAGAGUACUCAGAGUACUCAAAGUAGUGGAAGUGGUAGCUGUGGCCCUCGUUCAAAUUUAAAUUUUAACACAAACUCUAGUGUUAGGUUUGGUGGACCCAACUUUUGUGGUGGAAACAUAAGUUCAAACUAUGGUGCAUCAAACACCAACUCUUCUUUCAUGGGUGGUGGUGGCCAAAGUUUUGGCAACAUAAAUCAGAACUUUGGGAGUUCUUCCCCCAACCAAGGUUUUGGAAGUAACAUUAUGAUGCAAACUUCUCCCUUUGGUAGUAAUGGAAAUUGUUCCAUUGAUCAAAAUCUUAAUUCAAAUGUUGCUGUUAACUCUCAAAGUAUGAAUUUUGUUGAGGAAUCUAAUCUCAGUUUUGGUAAUAGUAUAAGUUCUACCUAUAGUAAGAAAUCUAGUAGUGGCUGCUCCUCACCUCAAGACUCAAGACAAGAAGUAAAUGCCAACACAAAAUUUUGUGAUGACAUGAAUCCUCUUGUACAGGAUCAGAAACGAAGCCCACUGGCUGAUAGAAUUGGAAGCCCCCUUAUUGAUGGUGAGAUCAAAUCAAGAACAAAAGUUAAUGAAUCGUUAAAUAUAAAUAUUAGUGAUUCAAUGACUGGAUCAUGUGCUGAAAUGCUUCUGACCACCUCACCUGGUUCCAGUAAGGGCUGUAUGGGAGGCGGGGAUAAUCCAUAUUCUUGCCAGGUGUGUAAAGCUAGUUUUGCAUCCAGGACUUUAUUCUCAAACCAUAUGAAGACUCAUGCGCCGGAUCGCUCUGUCAAAUGUAAUCUAUGUAACAACUCAUUUCCUACCACAGCGGCCUUGCGGUCUCAUGUUGACAGUGUUCAUUCUGAAAGUGGCAGUGAGAAGUCUCUGCACAUUGUGCUUGAUGACUCUCAGAGUCCAGGGAAGAUGAAUGAGAAUGGUAACAGUGAUGAUAGUGAUGAUGAACCUUUAAGCAAACUUGUUGUGAAACCAACUCCUCCACCUGCCAAGCGGCGUGGGCGAAAACCUAAAAGUGAGACGGAAAAUGGUGAAAAGCCUUAUGGAUGUGUUUACUGUGGGAAGGGCUUUGUUACUGCUGUCCGUUUAGCUAUACACACUAAACUGCAUACUGCAGAAAAGCCCUUUAAAUGUGAUCAGUGUGACAAGGCAUUCAGAUCACGUGCUCACCUGCAACGUCAUGUCAAAACACAUGCUGGUGACAAACCAUUUAAAUGUGUAACUUGCAACAAGUCUUUUACUGUAUCCAUGAAUCUCAAGAUACACAUGCGCACUCACACUGGUGAAAGACCAUACCAGUGUAAUCUAUGCAAAAUGGCUUUCAUUGGUUACUCUCACUUGUACAAUCAUCUUAAAACUCAUUCGGAUACUCAAGGGCCUUUCACUUACACAUACUUUAACAAGGUUUACACAACUACAGGAAAUUUUACACUGACUAAGAGAGAGAAAACAGCAAGAGGCCGCAAUAGAGAUAAGGAUGUUGAAAAUGAUCCGUCAAAGGAGGAUGAUGAGAUUGAACAAGUAAAGGAAGUUGUGAGAACCAUUAAUAAGAGCACCACUGGGAAGAAAAGGGGCCGUAAAGCUCACUUUUAUGAACCUGAAGAAGAUGAAGAAGAAGUCCUAGAGGAUGAUGAUGAAGAGGAAGGUAUUGAAAAUUCAGAUGUAACAUUAGAUUUUAAGUAAAAGCCCCUUUUGUACAGUAAGUUAAAAGUUCCAGAUUCUUCCGGUCAGUGAAGGCUAUGUUGUCACUUUAAUUCUAUCCAGAGUGAUUCCUAUACCUGUAAAAAUAUGGGAAUAAUUGUUUUGACUGAUUAGCAAACUAUCAUAUUAAAUUUCUCUUUGGUCUUCUUGUCUUUAUAGAGAAAUCAGCCAUCUUGCCUUACAAGACUAGUGUGGAAUAGCUAUGCUUUUAACAACUUCCUCAUCUCAGUCUUAUGCAGCUACAUGGAUAAGUUAUAGUACCUGGAGGUACUAAUCUUACUUUUCUUCUCUUAUUGCUCAAAGUGUUUGUAAUUUAAAGACAUUAAUUUGUCUUAUGGUAUUGUGACAAUGUCUCAGUGUUCUUACUCUAACAAUUGUUUUUUCUAAGAACAUACCUUACUUUCAUAAAAUUUGAAAAUCCUUCCUACGGUAAAUGUACUAACAAACGUUUCAUUGAAAAGUAUGUUGUGUUGAGUGCAAACUAAUGCUAUAAAAAUGUCUAGGCUGUGAUUCAAUGGUUGGAAAAAUGGCCCUCAGUUUUAAAUAUCGCCUGACUAAUUUUUCUGUUCCUUUAUGUCUGUUUGAUUACUUAACAUGAGACUGCUUCCCCUUCUUGUUGACUUCCUCUGCAUUGUGUACUUUAUUAAACUAAGUGUAAUAUUCUCUUGGAGUGCUUUGCUUCAUACAUUUUUAUAAGUCUCUGCAAAUCUGUGACCACCCGUUAAAACAAAAUGCCCUCGUUUUUUGUUGUAAUUUUUUCUAAUUUGUGAGUCAAGUGAUUUCUUUUAAUUGACUUCUAUUUGCUCAGAGUAUCUGUUUGCUCAAAUUUGUUCUUAACUCCAUCAUCUUGAAAGUGAAAAUCCUGCUCAGCGUUUCUUUACCACCUAUGAUGAUUUUUUUAACCAGUCUUCCAGGGAAUCUUCAUGAAAUCAUGGACUGCUGUUGUAUUUGGUCAGUGUAUUGUUGUUUGUUUUUAACUAACACUCUAACACUGACUACCGUGUUUAAAGCUUUGAGUGAAGAUUAUUGAAAGAAGCAAUCAGAUGCCGUUCUUUACUUGUUCAACAUACAUUAUGGAAGGAAUAAUUGUUCCUGUAACAUAUUAUAUCUAUUAUUUUGUUGGUACUCUCUUUUUCUCUGAGUGUUUCAAUUUUUUCUUCUUUUUGUUUUUACACUAACCAAUGUACUGAGUGGUGGUUGUUUUUACUUUUGUUCUAUUCAUUGUUUUCUUUUUUUGCAGUGAUAAGUAAAAGCCGCUUAACAACAUCCUAGUUAUAAGUGCCAUUUGCUCUCUGGUAUCUCGGUUUAUCCGAUAACUUUUUCAAUCUCAUGCAUUAUCUGAAGUUGUUUCAAACAAUCAUGCCAUGUUUAAGAAAUUGCUCUUAAUUUUAAAAUAGAUACUUGCAAAAGACUGUGAAAUGUUCGAUGACAUCUAUUAGCUUGAAGGCAGUUCUGAUAUCAGAAAAUAUUUCAAAGUUGUUGUACUCCAACCACAGAGGUGAAUGAGUGCAGUGCAAUUUUAAAUAAUUUUGAUGCAAACAGGGGAUUUUGAAUUUUGAAUGGGCUAUUGUAGGAAUACGUAUGUUACAUUUAGUAUACUUUCUCUCUGUUUGAAAGGUUGUGAUGUUAUCUACUUAAUUUUUUUUAAUCUCUAUUAUUUUUGAAGGAAUUGUGUGCUAUGUAUGAAAUUCUGACCUUACAAGAAAAGAUAAGUGAAUUGUAUCAACUGAGAUGACUUUCUAUUCCUUUUCAAAGGAAGACCUCAGUUGCAUAGCAGCAAUUAUCAUCAUCUUUUUUCUCUUGGUUAGCCAUUGAUCAAAACUCUGUGCCAGUGAUUUAGUGAUUUUCCCCCCUUGUAUGUACUGUUGAAUGUUUCGUAAUUUUUGUGUCAUAAAAAGCAAUAAGCUUGUUCCGUUUAUUGCAAAUUUAAUUCUAUGAUCUAUUGUACUAAUGAAAUACUCAGAUUAAUUAUUUUUUUUUGUUUCUGGUGAAAAACACUUGAAAAGGCUCAUGUAGCCAUUUGUGUCAUGUGUAAAUCAGACACAUUUUUUUUUCAUGUUAAGACUGUGAUGUCAUUUUUCAUUCAGCACAAUUGAAGAUGAAGUCUUUUGACAUUUUUGUCAUUUUUUAUUUAUUUAUUUUUGGUUUUCUGUGUUUAUUACCUGCUUUUAUUAUUUAACUUACAAUUUAUCAUUUUAAAUUUGUGUUAUGUGUGUUCAGAUACCUUGAACUGUUCUAAGACAAGUUUUCGUAAAUUUUCAGUAGUUGUAUAAGUUGCAAAUUAGUACUGUAUCUCUCUUUCUUUUUUGUUACCCUGUUCUAUGAGCUUAUUUUAACAGACAUCUUAAACUGACAAUUAAGUAGAUUAAGAUACUUUGAUCAAAACUAAUCAAAUUUCUCUCCGCACUUUUAAAGCUUUAAAAGGAAACCUGGUUUACCAAAUCUAUUGUGUUUCUCCUCAUUUUCAUUUUAGCUAUCAAUCAUUUUAUAUUUUUGUUUUAUUUCACGCUCCUCUGUGUUAUAAAAUGCUAGUUAUUUAAGCAUGGUUGUGACGUUUUGUAAAUCUCUUGCCCAUUAAGUUUCAAUGUGAAGAGGAUUUGCAUUCAAGAAGAGAAACAGAGUUACUGUACUUCAUAUCAUGAUUUGCCAUCAACACAUUAUCAAUGAAAAUGAGUGUUCCCUCGGAAGGUAUGUACUUUUCCUUCUAAAGGACUUAAUGCAGUUUUUAGUUAGACUGGACGGGGGCUGUCCUUAGGCCUACUCGUAAAUAUUGAAAAGUUUGAGCCAAUGCCUGUUUAGCAUAUGAUGGUUUCUAUGGUUGUGGGAUACCAGGUUUGUAAAAGGAUACUUACCUGCCAUACAUUUUGUAUAUAGACAGACUUAAAAAGACAGCUGUAGUACAAAUUGUGUAUAUACAUUUUCUAUUCAUUGUAAGUGUUGUUUUUGUGUAUAUGACCAACUGGUGCUCAUAAUUGAUAGCUUUGUCUUCUUUUUAUCAUGAGAUUUUAUUGAUCUGCUAAGGUUUUAAGGAGAUGUAUGCAUUAGCUGGAUGAAGUCUAGCAAUCUUUGGUUCAGCCAUCCCUCACAUGUCAUUCCAGGUUGUGCUAUGUGUUUAAUUAAGAUAGAUUUUCUUGCUAUGUCUCAAUGUUAGCCCUCAACAUCAUGUCACUAAUGUUCCGUACUUGAAGUUAUGGAAUGAAUUCCUAGUCAUGCUACAAUAUGCAUACCUGUUGGUUGAUUCUUGUCCUGUGUUUUUGUUCCAUCUGUUGAGAGUUUGAGUUUAGCCUUUUGCCUUUGUAAUACUCAAGGUAUGACAUAGCAAGUUUAUCUCUCAAGUUGUGUUAAAUUGCUCACAGCUCUGAUUUGUCAGCAGAAUUUGUAUUUUAGUUCUUUUUUAAAUGUACAAAGUAUCCAUAAAAUGUUAAAAUUAAGAAAGUUUUUCACAUUUUGUAAGCGUUAAAAGUCAAAAGUGUGAGAAGUUCUUCUCAAUGUUUCUUGCCUCAAACACAUGGUUGGUGGGUUAACCUUGUAUUACUUUAAAGUGGUAAGGUUUGUUAUGUCUCAUUCAGUGUUUCAAUAUCAAUUGAACAAUUUUUUUUUUGUUUUUUUUUAAAUUUUGUUAUAUUUUCUGUACCUUUACAUCACCAAGAAAUAUAUUUGUUACUAGGCAUAAUGUUUAUUACCACAUUUUCCCCCUUAUCUUUUGCCAGACUUCCUUCUGUGCUGGCUCUGUGUUCAACUUCAUCCCUCCUUAAUUUUGUUAUGCUAUUUGUAUUGCAUUUUUAUGCUGUCAAUUAUUUACGGAAAUACCUAAAUACUGAUGUCAGUGGCAAAUAAAUGUUUCUAUAAGGA